AUGGCGGUAUUACCCAGGCAAGAUGCGCAACCAGUCAGCCCUUCAAGCUCGUCCACGGGCAGCGCAACUUCAUCGACCUCUUCGUCGACCGAUGGCGGCGGCCAAUAUGUCGCGGGCAGUGGUUCCACAUCACUAUAUCUCUUCACAUUCCUCAUCACCAUCGUCGUCCUCGCCCUCAUCUCCGGCGCCCUCGUCCUCCGAGCCUACGUCCUCCGCCGUCGGUUCCGGCGCCGCGUGGAAGAAGCUAUCCGGACAGGCAACCCUCUUCCUAUGGACGCCGCUGCUGCCCUCGGUCUAUUACCAAGAAGGGGUAGUAGGAAGAAGGAGGAGAAGGUGGCGGUGAUGCCGACGAUGUGGGAGGGCGAGAUGAGACGAGAUGUGGAGAAGGGGUGGGAUGAGGAGGAUGAUUUGCUGAAUAAAGGGCGAGACCAGUGGGACGGUAUGAUACCAGUAGCCGUAACCCACUUCCCUCCACCCCCACCCCCACCCCCUCCCCCACCCCAAACCCUCCCCCCAAUCCUCCCCCAACCCCCCUCCCUCUGGCGCCAAAUGUUCACCUCCUCCUCCUCCGCCGUCCCCUCCGAACAAUCCCUCCGCCCUGCACUCAACUCCACGGCUUCCUCAAGAUCCGUACCCAACAUGCCUAAAGUCGUGCCGAGCUGGUCGGCGCCGGAUACGGGGGAAGAGGUGGUAGUGGGGGUGAUGAUUGCGAUGCCGUGUUUGGAGAGUGGGGAGGAGCUUUGGGAGGCAGUGGAAGAGGGGGAAGAGAGGGAUAUGCCGGAGGUUUCUUUCGGGAUUAUGAGCGCUAGGAUUGGGGGUGUAUGA